AUGGCUGAAGGAAGUGAUAUUCAUCAUGAAAGUCGUGCUAAAUGGCCGAUUAGCGCUGAUGAUUAUGAACUUGAAGAAGUGAUUGGUCGAGGUGCUACAGCUAUUGUUCAAGCUGCAACAGUAAAAAAAACCAAAGAACGUGUUGCAGUUAAACGUAUUAAUCUUGAUCGAUGUAAUACAUCCCUCGAAGAACUUUUAAAAGAAAUACAAGUAAUGAGUCAAUGUCAACAUGAAAAUGUCGUACGAUUUAAUACAUCAUUUGUUGUUGGUGAAGAAUUAUGGCUUAUCAUGAAAUUAUUAGAUGGAGGUUCAUUACUUGAUAUUAUACGUUAUACAAUGCAGCGUGGUAAUUGUCGUAAUGGUGUUCUUGAUGAAGUUGCAAUUGCAACUGUUCUACGAGAAGUUAUUAAAGGUUUAGAUUAUUUUCAUUCAAAUGGACAUAUACAUAGAGAUAUUAAAGCUGGAAAUAUUUUAUUGGGUACAGAUGGAAGUGUGCAAAUAGCUGAUUUUGGUGUUAGUGCUUUUAUAGCAUCAGGUGGAGAUAUAACACGAGAUAAACAACGGCAUACAUUUGUCGGUACCCCUUGUUGGAUGGCACCUGAAGUUAUGGAGCAACAACCAACGGGUUAUGAUACUAAAGCGGAUAUAUGGUCAUUUGGUAUAUUAGCUAUUGAAUUAGCAACGGGUACAGCUCCUUAUCAUAAAUAUCCUCCAAUGAAAGUUUUAAUAAUGACUUUACAAAAUGAACCACCAACAUUAGAUAUAUGUGCAGAAGAUCGUGAUCAAUAUAAACAAUAUAGUAAAACCUUCAGGAAAUUAAUUGAACAAUGUUUACAAAAAAAUCCUGCUGAUCGUCCAACAGCAAAACACUUAUUAAAACAUGAUUUUUUUAAAAAAGCUAAAGAUCGUUCAUAUAUAGCAAAAUAUUUAGCAUUAAAAUUUCAAGAUAGAAAAAAAAUGGAAGAAAAAACUGUUAAUCGACGUAAACCAACAUCUGUACGUGCUGUACGUGUUAGUGAUAGUGGAGAAUGGAAAUUUAGUAGUGGUUCAGAUGAGGAAAAUACGAGUGGAAAUGAAACAACAUCAAAUGAUGAUCCAGCAAAUAAAAUAAAACAAUUAGAAAAUCAAACCGUUACAAAUAUUGAAGAUUUAAUUGAAAAAAAUGAUGCGCAAGUAAAAUCAAAUCAAGUAUCGAAUGAAGGACCAUCACAUACGAUUACAGAUGAAAUUACUACUGCAGUUAAAGAACUAUCGACUGAUGAUCAUCAAGUACUCAAAUUUACUCUAAGAAUACGAAAUGGACAAGGAGAUCUACAUGAUAUUAAAUUUGAAUUUAACAAAGUAAGUGAAACUGUACCAGAUGUUGUUUCAGAAAUGGUAUCAGCUAAUUUAAUUGAUGAACGUGAUGCACAACCUGUUACUUCUACAAUGACGAAACUCGUAGAAAACCCAUCACUUAGUACUGCAACAUUUGCUCUAAAAUCAUAUGUCGAUCCUAGCCAACCACCUGAUGAUAAAUUACUUAUUGGCUUUGCUCAACUUUCAUUGAACACUUGA